GCCAUUGAUGGCCAUGCAGGUGGCGUCUCGCCGCAGGUAUUAGUCAACAAAAGACAUUGCAGUGAUGCAUGGCAUACGUAUAACCAGGAUAUGACAGCUUAGACAUCUACGAUGCGUGUGCUACUUGCCACCAUCAGCCUUGCUGCAGGCUUUCAGCUGAGUACGGCGCCGCGGCAGCGCCAACCGCGACGGUUGGUCACUAAAGAAGCCGCACCGCACCGCAGCGAUGCGCCGCCGGAAUGCCAGCCGCGGAGGCCGCGCCGCGACGAGGCCGCCGCGCUGGCGCCACGCCACAGCGAUGGGAGGCCAGAGAUCGACCGCCGCAAGGCCCUCGCCGCCGCCGCGUGUGUUCUAGCAGCACCGGCCUACGCCGAGACGGAAGCCCGGGAGAUCGUCAACGAGGUCAUCCAGGAGCCUAGUAACAUAGACAUCCUCGCGAACCCCGCGCUAGUGUGGAAGGUGGGGGACGCGGCCAAGACCUGCAGUUUAGCGAGGGUGCGCCGCGUCUUCCCGGGGCCCUUCGUGAACUACUUGUCGAGGUUUUUGUUGGCUUACGAUGAUGGUUCGAGAGCGCUGUGGCGGGCGGAAAGUGCCGAAAUACCUUUGUCUUGGAACGAGGGUAAGGUGCGACGGAAGCGCGCGACGCAACUCGCGGCCUUCGCGUCGUCCGUGGAACGAGGUCUGUGUAGCUACGCCGAAAAAAGUACAACGGAAGACGGGCAGUUGAAUACUACGCCCCAGCUAGGUGUCCGACAACUACUUUCGUUGUUAAGAUCGAGGUACGGCCGCCAAACGGACGCUCCAAGGCAAUUAGCUCUAUGCUUUUCUCUGUUAGAACCGCAAUUGCAGCCGACGGAAGAAAUAGCGAUCCUGUCCGCUACUCACGAAAACGCGUCUGUGGUCUCGAUAGAAGUGCUCGAUGGAGGCUCAUUAGCGGCUGGUGACGUGGAGGCCGUUGGGAGGUUAGAACGAGCGACCUUACCGGCUCCUGCCGUGUUUUACGGGAGGAAUCGGUUACGAGUCGGCGCGCGCUUGGCGCCGCCCAAACUCGUACCGACCGGAAAAGUGCUAGGCUUCAAGGUCGUGGAGCGGGGCUGCGGCCACACGACCCCCCCAGAAAUUACGGUAGCGAGUAUUGGUGGUUCGAUACAAAGUAAAGAAGUAGCUAAGGGUCGCAUAGGGAAAGAUGGAGGUUUAGAUAGUGUCGAGGCCGACGUGCCGCCCGAAGCGUUGGAUUUUGCCGAUGCGGUGAAUGACUUGAUUUUGAACGUUGCGGACCCGAAAGAUAACAGCGCUUGUGGCACUUUAGCCAAGGUAGUACCGAUCCUAGAAUAUCGAGUAGAAUCGGUAGCGAUCCUACCGAACCAGAAUACGAACUACGGGUAUACGACGGCCCAGCCUUUGGACCUGCAGUUUCCUUUCUAUGACAAGUCUAUUGAAAUUUUAAGACCACCGAUUGCCGUUGCUCGUACGGUACCAGCACCCGACAAGGAGUAUGAAGGACCACCGUCCGCAGCGAGGUGGGCGCCGAGGGACGCCUCAGCCAAGGAGCUCACGGCACUACUAGGUCCAGGGCCUAUUCCGAGGUGGGACGGCGAGCGCCACUCCUUUCCGCAAGUGGCUUUUGGUCGCAUCGAAGAGGCUUCUCGAAGUAUGCGGGCGGCCUUGGCUCCCGUGCGGAAGCCGUUACAGUUGACUUCCGGUCAAUUAGUGAGACUAGGUGCCGCCGGUGCCGUCGCGAACGCCGCGACGCGAGCCGCCCUGAACCCCCUAGAACUGUCGAAAACGCGGGCCCAGGCCGCGGCCGCGUCCGGUAUUGAGCUCCACGACGACGACGUCUCCCCUUUCUUGGGCGUCGAGGCGACGGCGGCCUGUGGGGCUGCCUUGGGUACUUCCACGUUCGGGGUCUACGAGACCCUGCAAAGGGGCCUGCCUUCAUUAGCAACUAGAGCAUUCGGGCCGGCUUUCGCGACAGAGCAAGAACUAGCCCUGACGUUGAUGUCUUCUGUGGGAGCUGUCAUUGUCGCUGCGGCGUUAUCUGCCCCCUUGGAAGCCGCAAAAGUGCGCCUCAUGACGGGCAAAGCGGCGGGUCUGAAGGGUGCCUUGGACGCCGUCGCUACGGUGGAUGGGGAAAGUCAACCAGCUAGACUGUGGGACGGCUUCGGGCCUUUGCUGGCGCGGGAGCUGCCCUUCACUGUAUUCAAACUGACGGUGUACACGGCGGCGCAGUCGACGUUAUUCCAAUUACUGCCUGCGGCUCGGGAACGGCCGGUAGCCUCCUUUCUAGUUACGGUAUUUUGUGGCGCGUUGGCCGGCGCCGUCGGCGCCUUCACGUCCGCGCCGGCCGACGCCGUCGUCACGGAGCUCGCGACCGGCAAGUACGGUCCCGACUGGAAGAAGGCGUUGGCGACGGUCGUCGGUGGUGAUACUGUUAAGGAGACGAUCCAGGGCGCGCCUAGGUUGUUCGCCGGCGCGGCGCAGCGCUGUCUGCUCUUCGCGGUCAUCAUCGCCGUCCAGUUGAUCCUCUUCGACUUCUUCCGCGACAAGCUGCAGGUCGCGCCGGAAGACCUGUCGCUGUCUUUGGAUGUCUUCGCGGACCGGCUGUCCUUCUACACGAAGUAGGCCGGAGUAACAAUGUGUUAAUCUUA